UGGCGGCGCACUGGUGGCUGGCGCGCAACGCGCCUGUAGCUGCCUCUUUCGGAGCCCAUCAUCCGCAGGUGUACAGCCAGCGGCCGCUCGCGCACCAGCAAUGCUGCUAUCUACGACUUGAUUGCGAGAUAUGAUCAUAGACGGCGCGACUGCAGUGGAUCCGUUCAGCGACGAGCAGGCCUCUGUGGGGGACGUCGAACCUCCGGAGUAUGCCUCCCGAGCCGCCUCGUCCAUACGAUCAUCACGGCGAGUGCAUGUCGCAACUCAACCGCCGCGAUAUGUCCACAUCGAACGGCCGAACAAGCCCCUCACAUAUGAGUUCAUGUCCUGGAACAUGAAGUCUAUGCUGCUCGUUCCGCCGCGUUCAGUAGACCCUGGUCGUGGGGCACUCUACUUCAUCUCCGUCGCGCUCAACCUCAACCCCUUCGCCCCGUUGUCCUACGUGACGUCACUAUAUCGAGGCUCAGACGCAGAGGGGGAGUUUAUUGGCGAGUUCGAGUUGGGAAUUACCCAUAGCCGUGCCACCAUUUCAAUCGGGAAUCAUUCGACCCGUUUGAAGAACAUCCUAACAAGCGAUGCUCGCUUCCGCGAGCUCUUCACGUGGCGAUACGAGACUGUCGAACUUCGCUGGGACUGCCGUACCAAGCUUGAUGACGGGUCUCGAAUGUGCAUCUGCUCGGACGCAGCUUCCCAUCAGCUAGCGUCCUUCGUCCCACCACCUCUGGACGCGUCGCCGCCGCUCCCAAACGCGACGUUGACCGUGUUCCCAGAUGGGCACCGCCACCAGCUCUUCGACCAUAUCGUACUCUCGGCGCUGGUCGUCGAGCGCAAAAUGACUCUCACGGUCUGACCUCGGAAUCCAGCUAUGACUGGAUGCUUGUGGUAUAACUUAUUGCAGUCACUCCCUCUAUGAACCUAUACCUUGUAUUGGAUCCUCUGGCCGAACUGGAUGGCGGAUGCGCGGCCGAUUCACAGUCAA